UCCUCUUCCUCCUCCUCCUCCUCCUUCUCCUCCUCCUCCUUGCCACCGUCGCCGCCGCCCCAGGACUCAGCGGAGCCUCUCCAGAAGCCGCCGCCACCGCCGCCGCCGCCGCCCUCAGGAUGGUGAUUCGCGUGUACAUCGCGUCCUCCUCCGGUUCCACCGCGAUCAAGAAGAAACAGCAAGAUGUCUUGGGUUUCUUGGAAGCGAACAAGAUAGGAUUUGAAGAGAAGGAUAUCGCAGCCAAUGAAGAGAAUCGGAAAUGGAUGCGUGAAAACGUGCCUGAAGGAAGUCGUCCAGCCACGGGGAACCCGCUUCCCCCUCAGAUCUUCAAUGAGUGCCAAUACCGUGGGGAUUACGAUGCCUUCUUUGAAGCCAGAGAAAAUAAUGCAGUGUAUGCCUUCUUGGGCUUGACAGCCCCACCUGGGUCAAAGGAAGCCCAAGCACUGGCAAAGCAGCAAGCGUGAACCCUUCUGCCUCCUGUCGAGGGAGUCGCCACCGCCAUCGCUUUUCUAAAAUAGCAAAAUUAUCCUGGCUUCCAGAAAACAAUAGGCUUCAUGUCUACGGCAUCAAUUUGUUGCUUGAUGUGCUCAGCGUCCAAACAAUAGCCAAUGAAAUACAUGAUUAAAAUGUGAAUGUUUUAUGGUUAGAGCUUAUGGGAGGGGAUUAUUGUAAAAUUACAAGUAGAUGUGAUGGAGUGGUCUCUGUGAUCUGUCUGGCCAUUCGUGCCCCCCCCCUUUUGUAAUCGUAAUGCAAAAACCUCUCUCUUAUAUUAUUAUUUUUAUUGUUACUGCAGCUUAAAUAUUUCCAGAGCUCCUGUUGUUAAGCAUAUGAGAAUCCAAAAUAAAACGGGAGGGGAGGAGAA